CUUUAGGGUAACCAACGAAUUCGAUGCCUAUGGCCGAAAUUUCAAAGGUAAGCCUUCCAGGUUCAAGCAUGAAGCUGAGCAAGCCAUCUGUCAAGGUCAGGAACACUAUUGCUACCCCAAAUUGGGACUUCGGGCAGUCACUGUGGGAUUCAUGUGAGAUUCUCACCGUGGCCAAAAAGCUUGAGGCUGGCCUGGUCUUGGAUGGCCCUUUUACAGGGUUGGAAGAAGAUACAAGUACAGCUCACAAGAGGCGCAAAGAGAGUAGGAAUAGCCUUAGAAAUUUGUUCAAACCGAUGUUUUCAAGGAGAUUCAAUGAAGCUGAUAUUCCUCGUGAAGAUAAGAAUGGUUUUUGAUCGUUUUUUUUUUUUCUUUGCGUGAACUCUGAAUUGGAUUUGUCAGCUCAACACAACAUUUUUCCUCCUGCAAUUGUAAACAAAGAGAUAGUGGCUCUUUUGGUAAUGUGAUAUCAUAUGACCAAAACCUGUUUUGACAUAUUUCAUUUUAAUAUCUGUGCAUUUGGGUGUUAUGCUGAAACAUGUUCUCCGCAAAGCUAGCUGUUACUGGUCGAUGCAAGAAUUUUGUCAGAAGUAUAAAGCUUGCCAAUCAUCUAUAAUCUCAAUCGAUAUUGUUAAGCUAACACAUUUUUGAUGAUUUUAUUUGCAUAAGUCCCGUUUUUUAUGUCUUCCUUACAUAAAAUUUCUUCAUUUUGAUGUUUUUACUUUACUCCAAUUAUUAAAUCCUUCAGCUUCUUGGCUUCUUUUGCUCUAUGGAGUACUGCUUAUAGCGACGUAUCGAUGACAUAGCCUUCUUGUUUUCUU